AUGCUCCCUCUCCCGUUUUUCCUGGGAGUGUCGCUGCUCCUCCUCCUUCCGUUUGCCUUAUGCGCCGAGGAUUAUUACAAAAUUUUGGGCUUAGACAAGUCAGCUUCGGAGCGGGAUAUAAAAAGAGCAUAUAGGACUCUGAGCAAGAAAUAUCAUCCGGACAAGAAUCCUGGAAAUGAUUCAGCCCACCAAAAAUUCGUCGACAUAGCCGAAGCGUAUGAUGUCUUGUCUACCUCGUCCACGAGAAAAAUCUACGACAAAUAUGGCCACGAGGGCCUACAACAGCACAAACAAGGCGGUGGCGCCCCAACCCACGAUCCAUUUGACUUGUUCUCGCGAUUUUUCGGCGGCGGAGGUCAUUAUGGACAUUCUGGCCAACGUAAGGGCCCCGAUAUGGAAGUUCGGCUACCCGUGGCCCUUCGAGAUUUCUACAACGGCAAAGAAGUGCAGUUCCAAAUUGAAAAACAGCAAAUAUGCGAUACCUGCGAAGGUUCCGGCUCCGCCGAUGGGAAAGUGGAUACCUGUAGCCAAUGUGGUGGGCAUGGAAUUGUCCUAAAGAAGCACAUGUUGGCGCCUGGUAUCUUCCAGCAAGUUCAGAUGCACUGUGAUAAAUGCGGUGGGAAGGGGAAAUCGAUACGUAGCCCAUGUCCAGUGUGCCAUGGAAAACGAGUCGUGCGAAAGGAAGUUCCGUUAACGGCAACCGUAGAACGGGGAAUGAGCAAGGGCACAAAAGUAGUAUUCGAAAACGAAGCGGACGAGAGCCCCGAUUGGGUUGCUGGGGACCUCGUGGUGGUGUUGCUGGAAGAUGAACCGAAAAUGGGCGAGGACGAUGCGGAGAGGACAGAUGGAGUGUUUUUCCGCCGUAAGGGCAAGGAUCUGUUCUGGAAAGAGGUUCUAAGCCUCCGGGAAGCUUGGAUGGGAGGUUGGACACGGAAUCUAACCCAUCUUGAUGGCCAUGUCGUUCAGCUGGGCCGUAAGCGAGGAGAAGUUGUCCAGCCACUGUCUGUGGAAACGGUGAAGGGUGAAGGUAUGCCAAUCUGGCAUGAAGGCCAUUUGCAUGAGCACGAUGAAGGGGAAGAGAGUGGAAACCUCUAUGUGGAGUACACUGUUGUGCUUCCAGACCAGAUGGAAAAGGGUAUGGAGAAAGAUUUCUUCGCCUUAUUCGAGAAAUGGAGAAAGAAAAAUGGGGUAGACCUGCAGAAGGACACUGGCAGGCCUGUUCCCGCAAAAGACGAAUUGUGA